UGAUUGGAUGAUGGGCCCAGUUAAUGUGGAUUAUUGGAUGGAUGAUUUGCCGAAUGGCUCCUCCCAAAGCUUUUAAUGCAGUCACGCCCUUUGCUAUCACAUUUCGACCAUAAAGUUGUUGUCAUAGUGGAGCCAUAAACAGCUGGAUUGUACCUCCACUUGGCCAGAAGAGACUUGAAAUGAGACCGCAGGAAACGCCAGAGAUGAGGAGGUGAGGUAUCGCCUGGGAGGGAAUUCACCAUGGAGGGAGUUGGCGUCACCAUCUUUGUCACCGUUCAGAAGAUCUACUACCCGCUCCUUUGCGUCAUGGGAAUACCAGCCAACCUCUUCACGUUCUACAUGAUCCGCUUCCGUAAAUGCGGAAUGUCUGAGCCGGCCGCGUUGUACCUCGGCUGCCUCGCUAUCGUGGACACCUUCUACCUGGUGUGGGUGAUCCUCGUCGACCUGACCCUCACCUUCUGGCUGCUGCAGCCCUUCUGGAACUCCCAGCCGUGGUGCGGCAUCCUGGGCUUCCUGCAGUACGGCUCCCUUUACAGUUCGUCGUGGAUCGUGGUGGUGUUCACCAUCGAGCGCUACCUGGUGCUUCGCAGCACGGCGGCCAAGCGGCACUUCUCGCAGGCGAGGGUCACCAAGCUGACCUGCGUGGCCGUGGUCGCGGCGUCUCACUUGGUUUCCGUGCCGCUCGGCUGGAUCAACGCGGUGGUGUCCGUCAAUAUUACGGUGGACGGAGAAAACGUGACCCUGCCCCGAUGUCAAUACCGGGAUGAGGUCUACCCCACCGUCAUCGUAUGGAUCACCACCUUUCUCUCGGGAGGUAUCCCCAUCGUGCUGGUCAUCGCCUUUAAUUACCUCAUCGGGCAUCAUCUGUGCCGUGCCAGUAAUCUUUUUACGAAGGAGGAGCGUCGCGUCAUGCGCGGACGUAGCGCAAGGGGGAUGUUAAGGAGGACCCUCCUCCUGCUGGGGACGGUCUCCGUCACCUUCGUGGUGCUCAGCCUGCCUCGCUUCGUCACAUACUGCAUCCUGAGGACCGAGCACAACACGCGGAGCUUCAACAGAAACGACUACCGAAUCCCCAUCAAUGUCGCCGGUGACGUGGCCAACAUGCUCCAGAAUCUCAACUCCACCACCAACUUCUUGCUCUACUGCAUGGUCAGCGGCCGCUUCCGACAGGAGCUGCUUCGGGUCGUGACUUGUAAAGCCGUGACGGGAGAACCUUCCUCUUUCCUCACACGCACGAUGACGGUCUUCUCGGUGUCGGAACAGAAGGCCGCCUCAUCUCGUCAGCGUGGCCAUUACCGCUCUCGGACCAGUCAACUUGAGGAAACAGAAAUGUAUAAAUAAAUAGCAGACAAAAACGUU